AUGAAGGCUGCUAUCAUUACAUCCCUCCUUUUCGUCGCUGCUGUUGUUGCCCAAACAACUGCUCCAUUCUACUUGACAAGCCCUAUUGUUGGCACCACUUACAAGGCUGGUAGCACUGUUACCAUUACUUGGACCAACGGCGUUGAUGAGUCUGCCCAAGUCUCUCUUCUUACUGGUACCAAUGCUGCUACUAUGCAUCCCACUGGUGAUACUUUCACUAUCAAGGGCUCUGAUGGAGAGUAUAACUGGAAGGUACCUUCUGAUCUCCCUCAAAAUGCUACCUUCUCAUUCAAGAUUGAUUACACUGAUUCCAAGGGCGUUGCUGGCUCUACCUACUCUAGUGGUUUCACCAUUACUGGUACCACCGGUGAUGUUGUUUCUCAAUCGUUUGUCUCCUCGAUUGCCACUGCCGUUUCCUCUGCCGCCUCUUCCGCUGUUCCUUCUGCCAGCUCAUCUGCCAUUACCAGCUCCUCUAUCCGACCUUCAUCCACUUCUUCCGUCCCUCAAACUAGCAGCGCCGCCACUACCUCUGCCACUGUCUCUGCUUCCACCACUCCUCAAGCUCCUUCCGCUGCUAGUGGAUUCAAGGCACCUACUGUUGCUAUCUGUGCCAUUGUCAUAAUUGCUUCAGCUCUCUUUUUUUAA